CCGCCCCCUCCCUCGCUCCUUCCUGCCGGGCGCUCCCCUCCCCUCCGCUCCCCGCCCGGCUCCCUCCGCCCUCUCAGGGCUCUGUCGGCGGCGGAGUGAACGGGACGGGCCCGGCUGCAGAGCGCGGCCGGCGGUGGGACGCGGGCGGCCGGCGGAGUUGUUGUUCCGGCAGCGCCCGCGGAGACGCGAGGAAGUGAGUUUUGCCAGGUGGAUGUGGGAGAGAGAAGUUUGCAGAACUGAAAUGGAGGUCAGAGCUUCAUUACAGAAGGUUAGCGGGUCAUCUGAUUCUGUGGCUGCAAUGAACAGUGAAGGAUUUGUUUUCGUUUCUCAGCAAGCAGAUGAUACUUCUACAAAAGAUGAUGAAAAACCUCAACUGAAGAUAGUUUCUAAUGGAGAUGAACAAUUGGAAAAAGCCAUGGAAGAGAUCCUGAGAGAUUCUGAGAAAGGGCAAAGCAGUCCUCCUGCUGAUUGUCAGAGUUCCAGUGAGAUAUCAGACCAUGUCACUGGGGAUGUUCCAGCCAACCAGACAUACAAGCCUUCUCUUCAGUUAAUUUUGGACCCAUCUAACACAGAAAUUUCUGCACCCAGACCAUCUUCUCCAAGUGGAAUGCCUGAAGAAGACAGUGUUUUAUUUAAUAAACUGACCUACUUAGGAUGUAUGAAAGUGUCUUCUCCACGUAAUGAAGUGGAGGCUUUACGGGCAAUGUCAACCAUGAGAUCUUCUAGUCAGAACCCCUUUCCUGUUACUCUGUAUGUGCCAAAUGUUCCAGAAGGUUCUGUGAGAAUCAUUGACCAGUCCAGAAAUAUGGAGAUAGCAUCUUUCCCAAUCUAUAAGGUCUUAUUCUGUGCACGUGGGCAUGAUGGGACAUCAGAGAGCAAUUGCUUUGCAUUUACAGAGAGUUCCCAUGGCUCAGAAGAAUUUCAGAUACAUGUGUUCUCCUGUGAAAUUAAAGAGGCAGUAAGCAGAAUUUUAUAUAGUUUUGGAACAGCAUUCAAACGAUCUUCCAGACAAGUAUCUGAUGUUAAGGACUCGAUUAUUCCUACCCCCGACAGUGAUGUGUUUACCUUCAGUGUUUCUUUGGAGGUAAAGGAAGAUGAUGGGAAAGGAAACUUUAGUCCUGUGCCUAAGGAUAGAGACAAAUUUUAUUUCAAAUUAAAACAAGGAAUAGAGAAGAAGGUUGUGAUCACAGUGCAGCAACUCUCUAACAAAGAAUUAGCUAUUGAAAGAUGUUUUGGAAUGUUAUUAAGCCCAGGUCGAAACGUGAAGAACAGUGACAUGCAUUUACUGGAUAUGGAAUCCAUGGGGAAGAGUUAUGAUGGGAAAGCCUAUGUUAUCACUGGCAUGUGGAACCCUAAUGCACCAAUAUUUCUGGCACUUAAUGAAGAAACACCAAAAGAUAAACGAGUAUACAUGACUGUGGCAGUGGAUAUGGUAGUCACGGAGGUGGUGGAGCCUGUCCGCUUUCUCCUGGAAACAGUAGUUCGUGUGUACCCUGCAAAUGAGCGAUUUUGGUAUUUCAGCAGAAAGACUUUCACAGAGACUUUCUUCAUGAGGUUAAAACAGUCUGAAGGAAAAGGCCAUGCCAAUGCUGGAGAUGCAAUAUAUGAGGUGGUGAGUCUACAGCGAGAGUCUGACAAAGAGGAACCAGUCACUCCUACUAGUGGAGGGGGUCCAAUGUCACCCCAAGAGGAUGAAGCAGAAGAAGAGAGCGAUAAUGAACUUUCAAGUGGAACAGGCGAUGUGUCUAAAGAUUGUCCCGAGAAAAUCCUAUAUUCAUGGGGAGAGUUGCUAGGAAGAUGGCACAAUAACCUUGGUGCACGACCAAAAGGGCUCUCCACCUUGGUGAAGAGUGGUGUUCCCGAAGCACUGAGGGCAGAAGUAUGGCAGUUGCUAGCAGGCUGCCAUGACAACCAGGCAAUGCUGGAUAGAUACCGAAUUCUUAUCACAAAGGACUCAGCCCAGGAGAGUGUUAUUACACGGGAUAUUCAUCGUACAUUUCCUGCACAUGAUUACUUCAAAGACACAGGAGGAGAUGGUCAGGAAUCACUCUACAAGAUCUGCAAGGCAUACUCUGUGUUUGAUGAAGACAUUGGGUACUGUCAAGGACAGUCUUUUCUUGCUGCUGUAUUGCUGUUACAUAUGCCAGAGGAACAAGCAUUCUGUGUUUUGGUGAAAAUCAUGUAUGACUAUGGUUUGAGAGACCUCUACAAAAAUAACUUUGAAGAUCUUCAUUGCAAAUUCUAUCAGUUGGAGAGACUAAUGCAGGAACAGCUACCAGACCUGCACAGCCGUUUCUGUGAUCUGAACCUGGAAGCACAUAUGUAUGCAUCCCAAUGGUUCCUCACUCUCUUUACUGCCAAGUUCCCACUCUGCAUGGUGUUCCACAUCAUUGACUUGCUGCUCUGUGAGGGAUUGAACAUAAUCUUUCAUGUAGCUUUGGCUCUCCUAAAGACCUCCAAGGAAGAUCUUCUGCAAGCUGAUUUUGAAGGUGCUUUGAAGUUCUUCAGAGUUCAGCUUCCAAAGAGAUACAGAGCAGAGGAAAAUGCAAGAAGACUGAUGGAGCAGGCUUGCAACAUCAAAGUACCAACGAAAAAGCUGAAGAAAUAUGAAAAAGAAUAUCAGACCAUGCGGGAGAGCCAGCUGCAACAGGAAGACCCAAUGGAUAGAUACAAGAGGGAGAACAGGAGAUUGCAGGAGGCCAGCAUGAGACUGGAGCAAGAGAACGACGACCUUGCCCAUGAGCUUGUAACCAGCAAGAUUGCUCUGCGGAAUGACUUGGAUCAGGCAGAAGACAAGGCGGAUGUGCUCAAUAAGGAGCUCCUCCUGACCAAGCAGAGGCUGGUGGAGACGGAGGAGGAGAAGAGGAAGCAGGAAGAAGAGACUACACAGUUAAAAGAAGUCUUCAGGAAACAGCUAGAGAAAGCAGAAUAUGAAAUAAAAAAGACUACAGCGAUCAUUGCUGAGUAUAAACAGAUCUGUUCCCAAUUAAGUACCAGGCUGGAGAAGCAGCAAGCAGCCAGCAAGGAGGAGCUGGAAGUAGUAAAGGGUAAAAUGAUGGCAUGCAAACACUGCAGUGACAUUUUCAGCAAGGAGGGUGCCUUGAAGCUGGCAGCCAUAAGCAGAGAGGACCAGGGGAUUGAAGCAGAUGAUGAGAAGGACUCGCUCAAGAAGCAGCUGAGGGAGAUGGAGUUGGAACUGGCACAAACUAAACUACAGCUGGUAGAGGCCAAGUGUAAAAUCCAGGAGCUUGAACAUCAGAGAGGAGCCCUUAUGAAUGAAAUCCAAGCUGCAAAAAACUCUUGGUUUAGCAAAACCCUGAACUCUAUUAAAACGGCUACGGGCACGCAGCCACUGCAGCCACCACCGGCCACCCAGCCACCCAAGGAGAGCACAUAGCUCCAGCCUCACUCGAGCAUAAGAGCACAAUGAUCAAAGCAACGAGAACUUAGGACUCUUCCUGCAGUCCCUUUGAAGGAGGCCAGAAAGCAAAGCAGAAUCUUCCAGUAGCUCUCUCUUCUAUGACGCUUUUCAAAGGGAUGUUAUUUAAAUUGACCUGAUUCAUGUCAAAUACCUGUUUUCCAGCUUCUUCAGUGGAAGGCCAUGUUCAGAUCCAUCAUAGUAUUGCACAUUAUUUUAUAUGCCUGAUAUUUAGUUGGAAAUUAGUAAUUCAGAACUAAAUGCUUUUUAUUUAGAGAUAAUUAUCCCUAAUAAAUUUUAUCUUACAUAAAAGUGGAGACAUCUGUUAUACUAAGGUAGAAAAGGUAAGAUCUUUGUCAUGGAAAAAAAGCUUUUUGAAACUAAACUUCUUUAACUUUCAAGGAUUUUUUCCAGACAAAGUGCACUGUGGGUGCUGUGAGGUUUCAUCCUGAAAUUGAUUCCCAGGGUAGCAACAUUCCUGUCCCAAGGAAAGAAUAGGCCAGGGACUGAAAAGUCUCCAAGGAUAUUUUGGUUUAUUUUCAUUUUAUGUCAGGUACGUCUGGAAACAAAGUGCCAAGAACUGUGGGAUAGAUGAGCUAUUGCAAGUACAGACUAUGUAAAUGGAACUGAGGUUUUGAUAAACACAAUAAAACCGUUUAGGUCUGGUAUCCUAGCAGAUCCUUCUAAGAGCCCCGCAUGGGACUUGCAGGUUCCUAGUAUGCCUAUGUAUAAACAGAUCUGACUUCUGGCAAAUGCAGGGUGAAGGGUGGGUACUGUGAGUUGCCGACUUGGAACCUGCUCUGCGGAAAUCUGGCCAGGCCCAGGUGCAGCCAUUGCGCUGAGCGUGGAAUACUUGCUAGUGAACCAGAGACAAGGGCAAUUUUAUCUGAUGUUGGCAUACUUGCUAAAGAAACAGUAAUAUUUUGUAAUUUUGUUAAAAGACAUAGUAUUGAAAUUGAAAUUGAGGUCAACUUCACACCAUCUUAGUUUAAUGAUAGGGAACUUUUCUUAAAUACGCCCUUCGUACCUGUAGGUGAAGAGACACAAAUGUGUUUGUAACAUCUUUGACUGAAUGUAAGAACCUUUAUAGAAAUACGUAUCUCCUGAAAAGGUGAGGCUAUUGUUUAAGAAUUGGUGGAAGUAUUUUUUAAAUUACAUUUUAAAAUAUUUGCUUACACAAAUAGGUCUUGCAGGAAAUUCUUUUAUAAGGGCAAAUCUAACUUUCCCAUUUGUAAGCUAUUCUAAAGAUAUCUGGUCCUUUCUCACCAACCAAACUACUUUGGCUAUGCACAAAGUAUGUAACACUUACUGACACUCAUUCUUGGCUUCACUGGUGAACAUAUUGUUUGCAAAGGAUCUUAAACUCUGUAGUGCCAGAAUGGUUCUCUGUGCCAUAUGUUGCAAUUAUAACAUGCCCUUAAAAGUUAGGAUCAAAUAAAAGCCUUUGUGUAACUCCAAGAGGAUACACUACAAGUUGCUCAUGGUAGAUCCUUUCUUUUAGAUUAUCUUUAAAUUCUAAAAAGUGAAGUCCCCUUCAUCUCUUUUUAUGAUGUCUACAACCUGUAAAACUGAUCAGGUUUUUUUGGUAUGUGUUGUACUUUUCAAAAUAAUACUUGUAUUACAGAAAUCUUUGGUUAUUGUUCUGAUAUCAUUCAUCAUAAAUUCAUUUCUUUUUACCAAAUAGGAAAAAAAUCCAGCAUUCUAAGUGUUGACUUUAACAUUCCCUACAUGGCAGUUUAGAUAAGCUAGUAAUUGUUUUGUAAUAUAUAAUGGCUAGAAAAUGAUACCUUGGCAUUUGUUUCUAUGAAUCAUUUACUAUAGUCUACUAACUUUACUGGUACUUUGAGUUCAAGAAACCCUGUACAAAAUCGCCUUUUCAAAUGGACAGCUAAAUUAAAUUCACUUUUGUGUUGUGAACCUGAUAGUACCACAAAGAGCCCCUUUUUAUUUGAUUUCUCAAAUAAAUUCCACAAAAUGCCUAAUUACAUAGUUUUCCCUAAAUUGUAGUUGAGGGAGAAAAUAAUAGCUUCAGGUUAAGUCCUUAUCUAUACCUGAUUCAAUUUUGUAGUCCUUUUUCUUU